AUGCACUUGAUUAAAACCACCUUUGUGGUACUUCUGUGCACAUUUUUGAAAGCAGAGGGUUUGUUGUUCCAUGGACAAACCAAUGCUACAUCAGCAUCUAAUGGACAUUCUGAUCCUGAUGUGUACAAACAGCUUCUUCAUUUAGAGACCGUGUUAAAUUCUAUAAUGAUGGAUCAGAAACAACAAGCUCAGAAAUUUGAACAAAAACAAAACUUAUUAGAGGGAGAGAUUCAGAUGCUGAAGCAGUGGAAUCGGACAGCCCAGAUGAAGAUAUCAUUGUUAGAAAGUGAAAACAAAAUUUUGAAAGAAAGGCUAGACAAGUUGAUUUCUUCAUCCAAUCCAUCACAGGAUGAUAUCUGCUUGAAUGAAAAACUUAACAAUCUGAAUUCAACAUCAACAUUUCUACUUCAAGAGAAUAUUAUUUUGAAAGAUCAGAUAAAGAUUUUGAACUCUACUUCCAUGUUAAUACAACAAAAUUUGACCACAUCAGGAGACCAGCAAAGGUUGGGGAACAACUUAACAUUUGAAAUAGAGCAGAUGGUUAGAGAAAGAGAACAGAAAAUGAUGAAGAACAUGUCUGCCACAAUCAAGGACCUGGAACUAAGAGACCGAUAUUUAUCACUUUCUCUUCUAGAUGUACACAAUAACACAGCCGAAUUAUCGUCUUCCCUUUUAAGUUUGGAUGUGCAGCAAAAUCAGAUGAAGAAUGAGAUCCAAGCAAUGACAAAUUCCCAGCAAAAUGACAUUGCCAAACUGAAUGAUACAAUUAUCCGUCUUAAGAAUCGUGUUCAAUCCAAUGUAGCUUUUACAGCUGGAAUCUUAGGAGAGGAAACUAAGCAACAUACAUAUACAGUUGGAGAUACAGUUAAAUUCCCACAAGUCAUAUACCAGGUGGGAGGAGGAUAUAACCCUACAACAGGAGUGUUUACUGCCCCAAAGGCCGGGCUCUACCUUAUAUUCGGUACCAGUGUGGCAGGAUAUCAUGAAACCUUCUGGACCAAAAUAAUGAUUAAUGGUUCCGCGAAGCCAGGAGUCAUGGCUUAUCUUAAUGGAUCUGUUACUGUCUAUCUGUCGGCCUCCAAUCUUGUUGUCCACCAGCUACAGGUGGGAGACAAGGUCUGGAUUCAAGUACGAAAGGGUAGUCAUCUGUACUCAUAUACUCCAGAUACAACCUUUUCUGUGGUCAUGAUUAAUGGAUCAGACUAA